UCAAUUAUCAUUAUCAUAUUCAUACAGUUUAUAAAUCAAAACCACCAACUCCAAUCAACCCUCUCCUUCAAGAUGCUCGCAUACGACGUGUUUCUAAGCUUCAGAGGCGAAACCGGAACACGCUACUCCUUCACAGACCACCUCUACCAUACACUGCUCCGCCAUGGAAUCAACGCAUUCAGAGACUCUGAGAAUCUCAGAACCGGGGAAGAAAUCAGACCUGCACUUCUCGAAGCCAUCGAAAACUCAACAAUCGCAAUGGUGGUGCUGUGUCAGAACUAUGCAUGUUCUGCAUGGUGCCUUGAUGAACUGGUGAAGAUCAUGGAGUGUUAUGAGAAGAGAGGGAAACAGGUGGUGGCGGUUUUCUACAAGGUGGAACCAUCUGAUGUGAGGUAUCAGAAAAACGGUUACGCGGCGGCCAUGGCUAAACAUGAAAGGAGAUAUGGAAUGGAGUCGGAGAAGGUGAGAGCAUGGAGGUCAGCUUUGUUUAGAGUCUGUGACUUGAGUGGUGAACACUGCAGGGAUGAUAUGUAUGAGUCUGAGCUUAUUGAGAAGAUUGUGAAAGACACCUCUGCUAAGUUACCUCCUGUGCCUUUUCAGACCAAAAAUCUAGUAGGACUUGAUUCUCGCCUUGAACAAGUGAAAUCUCUUAUUGAUUCUAAUGAUGAUGUUUGCAUGUUGGGGAUUUAUGGAGUUGGUGGAAUUGGAAAAACCACAUUUGCCAUUGAUCUGUAUAACAAGAUCAGACAUUGGUUUGAAGCUGCAAGUUUUAUAGCCAAUGUUAGAGAAAAAUCAAAUGAAAGCAUUAAUGGCCUGGAAGUUCUACAAAGGACACUUUUAUCUGAGAUGGGUGAGGAGACACAAACCAUGAUGGGUAGCACAUUUAGAGGAAGCUCUGAAAUAAAACGCAGGCUUGGCCAUAAAAGAGUUCUUUUGGUUCUGGAUGAUGUUGAUACUGUAAAACAAUUGGAAUCACUGGCUGGAGGAUGUGAUUGGUUUGGUCCUGGUAGCAGGGUCAUUAUAACAACAAGAGAUGCAGAUAUUCUGCAUAAGCAUGAUAUUGAAAUUAGAAAAUAUAAGAUGGAAGAGCUAAAUUAUCAUGAAUCUCUUGAACUCUUAUGUUGGUAUGCCUUUAAUAUGAGCAAACCUGCACAAAACUAUGCAAAUGUGUCUUCUCAUGCAGUAAGUUAUGCAAAGGGUAUUCCAUUGGCUUUAAGAGUGAUAGGCUCCAAUUUGAAGGGUAGGAGUGUAGAGGAAUGGGAGAUUGAAUUGCAGAAGUAUAGGAAGGUUCCAGAUGCUGAGAUUCAAGGAGUAUUGGAAAUAAGCUAUAAUAGCCUCUCUGACUUGGACAAGAAAAUUUUCCUGGACAUUGCUUGUUUCUUCAAAGGGGAAAGAUGGGAUUAUGUUAAAAAGAUACUAGAUGCAUGUGAUUUCUACCCAAUUAUACGAGUCUUUGUUAGUAAAUGUCUAAUAGCUGUUGAUGAAAAUGGCUGCUUGGGAAUGCAUGAUCUAAUACAGGACAUGGGUAGAGAGAUUGUUCGGAAGGAAUCACCGUCAAACCCUGGUGAAAGAAGCAGAUUAUGGUCUCAUAAAGAAGUUCUUGAAGUCCUUAAAGAAAACUCAGGAAGUUCUAAAAUUGAAGGAAUAAUGCUUCAUCCCCCAAACCAAGAAAAAGUUCAUGAUUGGACUUAUACUGCCUUCGACAAGAUGAAGAACCUCAGAAUUCUAAUAGUUCGGAAUACAAUAUUUUUAUCUGGACCUAGUUAUCUGCCGAAUAGUUUGCGGCUACUCGAUUGGAAGGGGUACCCAUCAAAGUCUUUUCCGCCAAACUUUUAUCCCCGCAGAAUUGUCGACUUCAAGUUACCUCAUAGUUCUCUCAUAUUGAAAAAGCCAUUUCAGAUAUUUGAGGACUUAACAUUAAUCAAUCUCUCCCUGUGUCAAUCCAUCACUCAAAUUCCUAACCUUUCUGGAGCUAAACAGUUAAGGGUGUUGACAGUUGAUAAAUGCCAAAAACUGGUCAGGUUUGAUAAAUCCAUUGGAUUUUUGCCUAACCUUGUGUAUUUAAGUGCUUCAGGGUGCACUGAGCUCAAAAGUUUUGUGCCAAGAAUGUAUUUGCCCUCUCUCGAAGUUCUUUCAUUUAGCUUCUGCAAGAAACUUGCACACUUCCCACAAGUAAUGCAAAAGAUGGAUAAGCCAUUAAAGAUUCACAUGGUAAAUACUGCCAUUAAGGAGUUUCCAAAUUCUAUUGGCAACCUUAUUGGGCUAGAGUAUAUAGACAUUUCAGCUUGCAAAUGGCUCAAAUAUCUAUCAAGUAGCUUCUUCUUUCUUCCUAAACUUGCCACAUUAAAAGUUGAUGAGUGCUCUCAACUUGGAGAAUCAUUUAAAAGGUUCACAAGACACUCAGUAGCAAAUGGCUGUCCAAAUUUAAUGAUGCUUCAUUUAAGCAAGGCUAAUCUAUCAUAUGAAGAUCUUAUUGCCAUUCUUGGAAAUUUUCCAAAACUGGAAGACUUGAAUGUAUCGCACAAUGAAUUUGUCACCCUCCCUCAAUGCAUCAAUGGAUCUUUGCAUUUGAAACGUCUUGAUGUGAGUUUCUGUAGGAAUCUUAUUGAUAUGCCAGAACUUCCUACUAGUAUUCAGAAAGUAGAUGCAAGACACUGUGGAUCCUUAAGUUUAGAGGCAUCAAGCAUGCUAUGGUCUAAGGUUUCCGCAGGGACCCGAAGAAUACAAAUUGUGAUGCCAAUGCUGAAAAGGGACAUUCCAGAAUGGUUUGACUGCAUUUCCACUCAAGAGUCUCCGCUUUUAUGGGCUCGCAAGAAGUUUCCCAUUGCUGCUUUAGCAUUAGUUUUCCAGGAAGUAAAAGAGAGGGACACAUUUUCUGAAUUUGAAGAUGCUAUAAGAAUGUCAACUGGGUUCAUGGGCUGGCACACUGUUAGCCUUCACUUGUUUAUCGACGGCCAAGAAAUAUGUGGCAGAGAUUACCACCAUUUCACUGUUGGGGAAGAUCACGUGUUAUUAUGUGAUCUACGAGUUUUGUUUAGUGAUGAAGAGUGGCAGGGUCUUGAUGCAAGUAUUGGAGAUGAUUGGAAGGUCAUUCAAGUUCAAUAUCAUUCAGACAUGGUUCUGAGUAAAUGGGGAGUUUAUGCAUACAAGCAAGAAACAAACAUGGAUGAUAUCCAAUUCAGGCUUCCCAAUCCCAACUCCAUUAGGGAUCACAUGCAGUCAUCCCUUUUGGUUCCAAAUGUAUCUGAAGAGAAAAGAAUGAGAUAUAUGCUGGAAAGUUUUAAUCCAAGAGACAUGUUUAACCAGUAUUUGCCUCUAUUAGAAUCAGAAGGAAGUCCAGGGAUUUCUGUAAAAAUAUAUUUGAGAUCCUUGAGGGAAGUUAAGGCAGAAAUCAGAGAGAAAACUUCAGCAUCUGCCUAUGGAGCAAGUUUAAAACAAGAACAUGAAGAAUCUGUCGAUGAUGUGGUACAGAUUUUAGAGAUGAUGAAGGAGAAUAUACCAAAACAUGUUGCUGAUUCAUACCCUCAAGAUUUGCAAGUUGCAGGAGGAUUUGCCGAAAGAAUAUUGAGGGCACGGAUAGAAAUAAUGAAGGAAAACGGGUUUGAAUUUGGUAUGCCUAUCAUUCUAGAGUAUACUGAUACCGGAGGAGAUACAUUGCGACGCAUUUGGGGAGUCUUGGAGACAAAAGUAGGAGAUCCAUUUUUCAAAGCAGUGUUGAGGAGGCAAAAUCAACUUUUGUGGGAAUCUUGGUCCAGCAAUGAAGAUUCAAGCUCUGGAUCUUCCUUGGAAAACCUUCGGGUAACCAUUGUUGUAUUGAAAUGUCAUUGUCCAGCUUCAGAGGAAACUUCAAGCUCUGGCUAUGAGGAAUCCUUGGAGGAAGGAUACUACUGUCCUGAACUAGAAGAGUUAAUGAGGAAGAUAGAGCAAGACGCAAUGAGCUUGAAUAAAUCUUACGGGAAAAUGAAGGCAUCUAUUGUUCGAACAGAUGAAUCAAUUUCAGAAAAGUAUCUAGUGGAAUCAUUAGUGAUCAGAAGGCUAGUGGCAUUGAAAAGAUUAACAAUGUUUGGGGCUAUGAUCAAGUUCAAGAAAACACCUUAUGGAAUGAUUAGGGUAGAUGACGAUCCUUUUGUCACUCUGAAGAUGUGUAUCUGGGGUUCAGCAUUUGUUCUUAUGGUCCUAAUCAUGUUGUUAUUUUAUCUUAUGGUACGUGUGGGGAUUUUUCUUUAUAGGAUACCAAUAAUAAGACAGUUUUUUGCGUGUGGUUGGUGGCUUGUCAUGCAAAUUCUUGUGGCUUGUAAAUACUUAUACUGGAGAAUUGGUCAGAUUAUGAAAAGAAAGGAGAAGGAAUUGUAGCAAAUAGCAACAGAAGGUUUGUAACUUUGUGCAUAAAAGUUAUGUUGGUAGAAGGUUUAUAUCUUUAGUCCAUAGCGGUCUGCAUGUCUAUAAUAGUUGCAUGGGGGGAGGAUUUCUGCUGAAACAUAUUCAGGUUUGAUCUUGAUCUUUUCACAUCAUUGGAUGGCUGAGGUGAUUAUUCAUGAUGAUGGAUGAGGAGGGUACAGAGUAGAAAUAGAAGUGGAAGAAAUCACCUUGGAAUAUUGUACAAGUGAGCAAAGUUCAGUGCAAAGUUUCUAUUGUGUGUUAUGUUCAAUCGAAUUAUGAUUUAUAAAGAUACUAUUGAUAGAAUCAGAGUAAGUUCAUUUGUUAUAGUGAGUAGUAGCAUUAAGCUAAACAAGUGAUUUUAAUGUUUGGUGAUUUUGUUAGUCUGUCAUACUGAUAAAGUCCUAGUGAAGUUGUGUUGAUUUUUAGAUACAUGCUAUAUUGUGCAUAGAAAUGAAAGAAUCUGAAUUGUCAAGAA